UAAUGAGACCUAUUCCAUGGUUUGUUAGAUUGGGCAUUGAUGUGUCCAUAUUUACAGUUCCAAUCAUAUUAUUAGCAAGUAUUUUACACUUAUGAAUAUAAAGGUUAUCCUAGAUUGGGUACACAUUUUCUUAACAAUAGAAGAAGGAAGUAUAGAAGAAGAAGUAUGACUAAAUCUUUAAUAUUUUAGAUUUUGAUGAAAUAUAAUACAGAAAUGAUAGUACCCUUUCAAGUGAAGAAGUCAUCACCUUCAGAAAGAGACUUGGAUUUGAAGACCUUAUUUGAA